AUCUCACACGGCCCCGUUCGCUCGCAUCCAAUGUCAUUAAAACUUUAAUUUACAUUUAAUUAAUUCAAAUACGUAAAUUAAUAUUCAGUUGACAGAGUUCCUUCCAUCCAUCCAUCCAUCCACCCACUGCGCCACCCAAGUCGCACAAUAUUUUUGUAUCUGAGAAUGAAGCAUGGACGAGAAGGAGGACGGCACCACCAUCCCCACUAAAAAAAGGAAAAUGGUGAAUAAGGAAUUAUUUAGUUAGGAAAUGUUCAACAAAAAACUUAAGCCAUUGGGGAAAUACUAUGAGGAUAUUACGCCAACUCUGUCGCCACCCAAAGAAAUGGCCCAUACGACACGUCUUCCAAGUUUUCUUCGUCGCCAUUCUGUCGGUUUCUCUCUUUGUCGCUGUGCUCCUCUACCUCUUUUCUCGCCCGGGCCACGGCGGCCGUGGCGACUUUACUCACGAGCUUCUACUUCGUCACGAAGCAUCUCAAAAUCACCACUACAGUCAAACAUCGGGCGAUGGCAGGCCCAACAGUAAGGACAGCAAGAAAAAGAAGCCCUUUUUCCGCCUCCUUCCCUGGGACGCGACACCCACUCAGAGCCUUCUCUCCUCCACCCACAACAACUGGUCGAGUACGGGGACGCCCAAGUGUUCCCUCUUUACGUGCCUCGAUAUUCAUCGGUGUGGGUCUCAUGGCCACUCCCUCUCCCUCUAUCUUUACCCCCUGAGGAGGUGGGAGGUAGACGGAGUAGCACUCCCACCUCCCUCCAAACAGUUCCUCCAAAUCGUGAACACUUUGAGGAGGUCAACCUAUUGGGUGACAGAUCCAAAAGACGCCUGCAUCCUCAUUCCUACCCUCGACACGCUCUAUAUGACCGAGGAGUCGACUCUCACAAUGAUGAGAGUGUUGAGUUCACUACCUCACUGGGGACAAAAUGGGAAGAACCAUUUGAUCUUCACCUUCUCAUCUAGUGGACAUACGGCGUUUUUGUCAUCGGAAGCUAUCGUGGCGUCUGUGGAAUUUCCAGUCUCCUUGUAUCAACCAGGAUUCAACAUUCCGCUUAUCCUUCCGAAUCCUUUGUUGUCCGACAAUCCGAAACUUAGUAUUAAAAACGAUGACAAUAUUUCCAACAGGCAACAAACGAAAAUUGACAGCGAGAUUGUAAAAAGGCGCAAGAAUCAAGACCAAUGGUUCCGAGACCGAAAAUUUGUGGCCAUCAGCACAACACAUUUGCCUUUUUUCCUUCUGGAAGACCCCGGAAGCAUUUUAGUGCUGGACGUUUGCAAGGGAAGACCAUUGAUAAGCUACUGGGAACGGUGCAGCGUUACGGAGGGAAAACUUCGUAUUUUCUCUUAUCCUCAAGUUCUUCAGCAAACCGAUUUUUGCAUAAUUUACCGUAAUUUGGGUGGACCCCUUCUCUGGGAUGUAAUGAGUGUGGGCUGCAUUCCUGUAAUUUUGGCCGAUUUUCAACGUCUCCCUUUCGACGAUGUGUUAGACUGGAGCAGAAUGGCGAUCCUAGUCUAUGAGCAAGACCUUGAUGAACUCUCAUCCAUCCUUCGUGGUGUUUCUGAACGACGAAAGCUACGACUCAAAGCUCAAGUGAAACUAAUUUUCACUCAAUAUUUCGAAAAUAUGGGUCGUAUAACGGAAACUGUGCUGGAGGUAUUGCAGGAUCGCAUUUUUAGUCACCAGGCCCGUCCCAUCCAUGCAUGGAAUCACCACCCCACUCUGGAUCUGGUGGAGCAGCCCCUUUUCAAUCCAGCCAGCUCUCCGGGCGAGGUUGGUUUUACUGCUGUGAUAUUAGCUUAUGAACGAGUGCCUAGUUUAUUUCAAGUCAUCUCUCGUCUGGACAAAGUUCCCUCCUUGGCCAAAAUUAUUGUGGUGUGGAACAAUCAGAAGAAACGUCCGCCGGCAUACUCUUCGUGGCCGGUUACCUCAAAAGCUAUAAAAGUUGUGCAAAUGACAUCCAACAAAAUGUCUAAUCGUUUCUUCCCCUUUGACGAGAUUGAGACUGAAGCCGUAUUUUCUUUGGACGAUGAUAUCGUCAUGCUCACCACCGAUGAAGUCGAAUUUGGUUUUCAGACAUGGCGAGAAUUUCCUGAACGGAUCGUAGGAUUCCCAUCGCGAACCCACAUCUGGGACAAUACCACGAAGCGAUGGCGUUACGAAUCUGAGUGGAUGAAUCAAGUGUCUAUGGUCCUCACUGGAGCAGCUUUUUAUCAUAAAUACUGGCACCACGCAUUCACACACGAGAUGCCUGCCACCAUUCGAAACAUUGUGGACGACACGAUGAACUGUGAAGAUAUUGCGAUAAAUUUCCUCGUCGCAGCUACCACGGGGCAGCCUCCCAUCAAAGUGACGCCCCGAAAAAAGUUCAAAUGCCCCACGUGCUCCAAUAAUGAAAUGCUCUCCUCGGAUUCCAGCCACAUGAUUGAACGGACCCAGUGUGUGAAUCGGUUUGCAGAAAUUUACGGUUUCAUGCCCCUUCUCGGAGCAGAGUGGAGGGCGGACCCAGUCCUCUACAGAAAUCAGGAUGCUGCCCUUUCUCUCAAACUCAAAAAGUAUAAGGAUGUUGGAUCACUUUAAUAGAAAAUGGGGAGAAAACAAAGAAGGUGACUAAACUCAGCAUCCUCUUCUCCCUAGUCUCCACCCUCCACUCGAUUGUCGAAUUGCCGCCCAAGUGCCAUCAGGAAUCAGGCCACACGGAUUAUGUUUAGAUUUAGACUAGGUCAUCUGCCAUGGUGGCUUUUAUCAUUCUCACAAUCACCAGUGCUAUAUAUAUACAAAGUAAGCAAUACCACGUCUGAUGAAACUGAAUAAUUUGAGACUUGAGUAUGCAUAGAUGUAUGUACGUGUGUAUUUUGUAUUUGAUUCCUUUUCCACUUUUUUUCACGAAAUGUUGUGCCGUGCCGUAAGUUUUUUGACAUUUCCUACUUUUGAUACCUAACCGAGUCAUUUUGUUUCUUAGUAUUAUAUGUGGAAUAAUUUAAUUAUUAUAAGUAUGACAAUCUCGAGAGCUAUUUAUUACUAUUGUUUAGUAUAGUUAGUAGUCAGACAGGAGAAGUGGAAAUGUUCAUCCACUCUCAUUUUCGUUAUAAAUACGAGCCAUAUCCCACCGGAGAAUAAACAUGUAUUGAAAAUAAACAUAAUAUGUACUGAUAACA